AUGACGGCCAGACUCAACUGGCGCGGCGGCGCUGCCGUUCUAUUCGGCAUUUUGCUGGCUCUAAAAAGCUGCCCUCUGCAAGCCGACUCUUUUUCUUUCACAGACCUCUUCCCUCGCCGGGAAGAAGCUCCUCCAUCUAGUAGACCUUCGGCUGGUGGGGAUGUCGCUGCUGCCGCUUUGUUCGGCGGCGGCUUCUUCGGCGGUCAUUCAUCGCGUGACACUCCAGAAAGCCUUGGCUCUACUGAGGCGAGCUCCGACCUUUUUUCAUCUACAGGCCUGGCUCGUGUACUGCGGCAGGCCGCAACCUCCGCCACGGGCGUGACAAGCGACGUAGCAGGGCAAGCGGCGGAGGCCUCCCACCAGGGUAUCGAGGGGGCUACUUACGGAGCACAGGAGGCACGGAAAACAGCCUGGGGCUGGUGGGAUGGGGAAACCUCACAUCAAGCUGCAGAGGCAGCGCAACAGGUCACCCGCGACGCAGCAGAGGCAGCAUCAGGAGCAGCACGGGAAGCCAAGAAGGGCCUUUACGCCCUGGGUGCGCUUCUGCAAGAAAAUGCCCCAGUUGCAGCAGAUGCAGCGUACGAGGCAGCGAGGAAGGCCACGUCUGCCGCCGGUGAAGCAGCUAGGGACCUGUCAUCUGCUGCCCAAGACGCCAAGUCUGCCGUUCUUGCCUGGGCCGACCGUGUCCGUGAGGAGGUGCAAAGCAACUCGAACGAGACGCUUCAAUCUGCUUCCAGGACUGCUGCAAAGGCCGCUGUGGCGGCUGAGAUAGCGCGUCGGGCUGCAGUUGACGCCGCAGAGAAAGCCAACACAGCAGCCCGAGAGGCGAAACACACUCUCGAAGUUUUAGGACAUGAGGUGCAAUCGCGGUCAGAGGAAGCUGCGGAAUCCGCCAUUAAAGCUGCUCUUGAAACAUCCCAUAGAGCUGGAGAGGCAGUCAAGACGGUGCAGAGCGCUGCCGAGGCAGCCAAAACUGCUCUGGCCUCCUGGGGAGAUGCCAUUAGCGGGAUGCUGCAUACAGGGUCAGACACAGUCAAAGAGGCAGCAGAAAACGCCUCGAACGCAGCGAGGAAUGCUGCGGAGCGUCUCGAAGAAGCAGCUAGCAGUGCUUCCACCGCGGCGGAAACAUUGCAAGACACAGCAGGCAUGGUCUCCUCCGGUGCACAGCGCGGAGUCGAUAAAGCCGACGCAGUGAUCGAAAUACUGAGCACCAACGCAUCUAAACCUUUGCUCGGCGCUCUCUGGCCUUGGGCAAACUCUAAAGAGCAAAACCCCCAGACGGAGACACAGGAAGCAUCACCAAUGCGAAACUGUGAUUGCUCUGCCGAUGCCGAAACAGCCCAAGGGGCUCCGUGUGACUGCACGGAGAAAAGCAACAACAAUUCUAUCCUCGACGCGACUAAGAGGCUUCUGGGCUUCGGCGCUCCCGCGGAAAAAAUGAUAGAGACUGCCCUCAAAGAGGCGGCCAGCACUGAGACAGCCGCAACAGAUGGCACGAAAGAAGGAAGAGAUACGUCUUUUCCCACUUUCCUUCCCUCAGAAGCUAAAGCUAACCUGAGGCCAACUGACAGUGCCGCGUGGCUCGGCAGCAGCGUUCUGCCGAAAGCUGAAGCUGAGCUAGAAAAUGCUGAGCUCCCAGGAGCACAGGAGCCCGAAACUGAGGCUAAAGACUUCCUUCCUGCAGUGUACAAGGAGGGACCACCACUGGACUGUGAUCCCUUUCCUCCUUUCAGAGACUGUAUCCGACAAUGCAACGGGGAGGCGCCCAAAGAGGCAGACGCUGCAGAAACGCAUGACGAACUGCCCCAUGGUCUCUCUUCCUACGACUACAGCAACAAACGGUCCUGCCACGCUUCCUGCAAGUCCAAGUGGCUUGAUACAACUCUCCCUGGCUGUCUUGACAGCUCAGGUAAGGUUGUGGCUGGCACCCCUCCUGCAGAGCAAUUCCGCUCAACCACCACGACCACAACAACUACGACUACUACCACUACUUCCACCAACCCUGAAAUCAAUCGCAAAUCCGCACAAUAUUCGUGGGGCUCUUUUAUGAAGCGCAUGCAGAACAAAGAGGAUCCUCCUCAGGAUCUUCAAGAUAAGAUUGAAUCUUCCGGUCUAUCUUGGUUUUUCUCACGGGGAGACACGACGACUACCACUACAACAGUACCACCCAGUAAUGGUUUAUUAGAGUCUCUUUUUGGAAACACAAAAACGCAGCAAGUCACCGAAGCGGAAGACAGUCCACGCCCUCCCUCUUUAAUACAGGGCUGGGAAUGGCGAAAGUGGCGAAACGCCAUCACCGGGCAGAGAGAUACGGAUGAUAAAGUAGAGGAUGCCUCACAACGGGAUGAAGGCACAGGAGCUGCAGCUGUUAUGCCCGAGCUCAACAGCGCCCCAAACACGAACCUCACGCUCUUGGGAAUUGCAGCUGUUGUGCUUCUUUGUGCUUUGUUUUUCGUCGCAUUCGUGCUCCGACGCUGGGAGGCCCACCACAGAGAGAGAAGCCGCGCAGCUGAAAGGCAGCAGCUGUCUGAGAGCUCGAGGUCGGACAUCCAGCGCCCUCUUAUCCCCCAAGACGCGUAG